UUUACUCUACUCUCUCUCUCUCUCUUCUUCUUCUUCGUUUCGUUUUACUCUGUUUUUGAUCUCGAUGUUUAAAGAGAGUUUUAUGGGUUUUGGAGAUUUUAACUUGGGGAAAGCUUCAGAUCAUUGUCGUCUUCCUGAGUUUGGUUCUAAUGGGUUUUUACAGAGUUAUUACAACAAGAGCAGUGAGGCUCUUGAUUUGUGUAUGAAGCUGAACAAAAUGGGUAUCUCAUGUGAUAUGAGUAUCUGGACCAAACCUGAAGAACAGUUCCGGGUCGACCCGGGUGGUUUUGGGUCUACAACUCUUCAUGGGUCUUAUGGGUUUGAGCAGAAUCUGAGUGGAGCUUCUCAGAUUCAUGAUGGGUAUCACAACGUUUCCUCUGUUUCUCAAGCUUUUCACCAAAACAACACCUUUAAUGGAGAUCAUAGUUUCCUUGGUCGUCAAGCUUCCUUUAACCCUAAUGGGUUUGAAGAGAUUAUGGCUUUUCAUAAACCCAUAAAGCCUUCACCUUGUCUCAGAGGCGUCUCUCAGAUGUUUGAAGGAAACAGGGUUUCUUGUCGAGCUGAAGUUUAUGGAAAGCUCGGAGCUUUUUACACAGAGGAUGGUCAAGGCUCUCUUGGGAACAAUCCAUUUAGAGGAAACAAUGUUUCUCAAACCCUAACCGCCGCCGCCAAGGAAGGUUCUAGAGCUUUUUACACAGAGGAGCUUACUCAGCUAAGACCGUUUCACGAGAUGAGAAAGUAUUUAAAGGAAGAAGAACCAAAGAUCAAAAGUGAUUUGCCUCUGUGUCUUGACUCCAUUGUUAACAUAUACGGAUCUGUGAAGCUAAUGGCUAAAGAUCAGAUUGGUUGUCGUGUACUGCAGAAACUAGUCGAAGAAGGAACAUUUCUUGAUUCGAAGAUUAUAAUCCAUCAGAUCAUUAACCAUUUCAUUGAGCUCUCUACUGAUCCGUUUGGGAACUACUUUGUUCAGAAGCUCUUAGAAGUGAGUGAUGAAGAACAUAGAACUUUGAUUGUGACUGUGUUAACCUCAGAACCAAAGGAGCUUAUCCAAAUCUGCCUCAACACUUAUGGGACAAGGGUUGUGCAGAAGAUGAUUGAAACUGUGAAGACAAAAGAGCAGAUUGCUUUGGUGAAGUCUGGUCUCAAACCUGGCUUUCAAGUUCUUGUUAAAGAUUUGAAUGGGAACCAUGUCUUACAGAGCUGCUUGGAGUCAUUUGGUCCUAAUGACAAUAAGUUUGUGUUAGAAGCUGCGACAAAACACUGUGCGGAGAUUGCAGUUCAUCGUCAUGGGUGCUGUGUUCUCCAAUGCUGCCUUUCAAACUCUACUGGCUUGCUACGUGAGAGACUCGUCGCUGAGAUAUCUCGAAACUCACUUCACCUUUCUCAGGAUCCUUUUGGGAACUAUGUGGUGCAAUACUUAAUAGACCAACAAGUUCCUUCAGUGAAGUUACUAGUUCAGUUUAGAACACACUACGCCGAGCUAGCGACUCAGAAGUUUAGUAGCCAUGUCAUUGAAAAGUGUCUAAGGACGUAUCCAGAGAGUCGAGGUGAGAUUGUUCGUGAGCUCCUCUCUGUUCCAAACUUUGAGUAUCUUCUGCAGGAUCCUUAUGCAAACUAUGUGAUCCAAACUGCUCUCUCUGUAACCAAAAGAGCUGUUCGUGCAAGAUUGGUAGAGAAGGUUUCUCGGUUCGGGAAACUAUGGUCGAGCCCUUACUGCAAGAAGAUUUUCUCCAAGACCAACUUGAAGAAGUGACUAUAAUUAGUAUCUGAAAACUGUUGUUGUUGUUAAAUUGCGUUUCAAGAUCGUAUAGGGCUUUAGAGAAGACAAUGCCCUUGAUGUUUUUGUUGUUGGUCUCCUUUUUGUAGUGACAACAACUUAUCAAACCAGAACUACUUGUUAGUCUGUGUUUUAGGCUAUUACUCUUUAUAUAUAUUAAGAGACCACACUGUCUCUCUGUC